AUGUCUCGACAGCUGCAAAUAGCGUCCAAAUUGGAAAUGCGUGCAGUGAUUCGUUUUAUGUGUGCAAAAAGAUGCUACUGCACUGAAAUUUAUGGGCAGUUGCAUGAAGCGUAUGGUGAAAAUACAAUGUCACGUCAAUCUAUCGCGAAAUGGUGCAACAUGUUUGAGAAUGGACCUACAGAUAUUGACAACGCUAAGCGCGAAGGAAGACCAUCAACUGCAACAAAUUCGGAAAUCGCUGCUCGUGUGAAUGAAUGCAUUCUUGCAAACAGACGCAUAAUGAUAGACGAAAUCUCAAAUGAAGUGGAUAUUUCUCAUGGAAGUGUGCAUAAAAUUAUUUCCGAUCACCUUAAAUUUCGUAAAGUUUGUACUCGGUGGGUGCCACGUCUAUUAACGGAGGAACAAAGCGUUUUGAAAGUGUAUUUGCAUUUCUGCAACGUUACCAAACGGAAGGAUAUGGGUUUUUGGACAAAAUUGUGA